AUGGAGAAGUGCUUACGCGAAGUCAAUGCGACACUACUGAAGGAAGAAUUCCAGAGAGACAACAAGAUGCUAAAUCAGCUUUUUCGCUCGUUCAUUCGUAUCUAUGUCCGUCUAUCUAUCAUUGUUCAUACAGGUCUACACUACGAUUUUUAUGUUCACUUUGUUCAUUAUCUAUCUAUCUAUCUAUCUAUCUAUCUAUCUAUCUAUCUAUCUAUCUAUCUAUCUAUCAUUUUUCAUACCUCAUAUGAUUUUUUACGUUCACUUCUGUGUGUUCACUAUCUAUCUAUCUAUCUAUCUAUCUAUCUAUCUAUCUAUCUAUCUAUCUAUCUAUCUAUCUAUCUAUCUAUCUAUCUAUCUAUCUAUCUAUGUAAUUCAUUAUAUUAUCUAUCUAUCUAUCUAUCUAUCUAUCUAUCUAUCUAUCUAUCUAUCUAUGUAAUUCAUUAUAUUAUCUAUCUAUCUAUCUAUCUAUCUAUCUAUCUAUCUAUCUAUCUAUCUAUCUAUCUAUCCUUCAUUUAUUUCAUCGUUUUCCCAUUGCUUGGAUUUCUCUCUUCUUACCCUUACUAUUUUACGCUUGCUGGAACCGAUCCCCCGCCAUAUCUAUCUAUCUAUCUAUCUAUCUAUCUAUCUAUCUAUCUAUCUAUCUAUCUAUUGUGGUCUAUCUAUCUAUCUAUCUAUCUAUCUAUCUAUCUAUCUAUCUAUAUCUAUCUAUCUAUCUAUCCCCGUUCCUUUCAUGGGUCGUUUUCAUGUUUUUCUACAUCGUUAUUUUUCUCCUGUCUCCGAUUUUUUUCUGUCACCCAUCUAACUCGCAUCAUGUCAAUUGUUUCUCAUCCACCUCUCCUGUGUUUAACUUUCUUCACAGUGUUCCAUAGACCUACCACUCGCUUUUGUCAUGAGCACGACUCAAAAUGUCGGACAAUAUUUGUGAUUUACAUCGCUGGACUCCACGCUAAUUUGGAAGGAAAAAAAAAAACCCUUCCAUCGUUCAUAGCAAUCGUUAAUGAUAACCGAAAGAAAACAACAGCCGGCCGCUGCCAGCCGUUCUUGUCCAACUGA